CCCCCCCUGUCCGCCUUCUCCCUCACUUGCUGUCCUUCGGUCCGGACAGCUUCAUGGGCGAUAAGAACGCAAUUGCCAUGCCCCGUUCUGUUGCUGACACCGAGGCAGGGCCACCAACCCAGCGCAGCGGCGGCAGCAACGCAAACGCAAACGCAAACGCAAGCAGCAGCAGCAACAACAACAACAACAACACCAAAGGCGUGCAGAAGCGGGCCGUGCAACUCCAGUCCGCGCCGGUGCAGCAAUUACUGCAGCAGCAGCAGCAGCAGCGCGCACAGCCGCCUGCCGGUCCCCUGGUGCCAGAUCAGGGUGCGCCUUCAAGCAUGGAGCCACAGGCCAGAGUCACCCCUGCAGCCAUGGGUGGCUCUGGAUUCGACCCUCAACAGCUGGCCGCCUGGCAGCAACAGCAGCUCUAUGCCAUGCAGUUGCAGAUGGCAAUGAACCAGCUCCAGCAGCAGCAGCAGCAGCAACAGAAUGCGCAACUGCAGGAGCCUGGGCAAUCUGAGCAAGCACGACAGCAACAGCAGCAAGCGAGGGCGUAUCCUGGAUCAUCGGUAGCCCAGAUGCUUCCACCACAAAUGAUGUUUCAGCAGCACAGUAUGCCGCCGCUGCGACAGCAGACCGCACAGGAUGGCCGUGACCCAACGCAGCAGCAACAGCAACAACAACCACAGCAGCAGCAGCCAACCAGCAACCCUUGGUUCAUGGCCGCCAACCCAGCCGCGAGCAUGCAGCCGUGGAUGUUUGCUUCGCAGCACCAACCAGCCGCAUUGCACGCGUUCUCUACAGGUGCUUUUCCAACGGGCGCUAUGCCCUCCACCAUGCCAUACCAACAAAGCCCCGUGUCUGCCGCCGUCAUGCCGUCACAGCUGUCCGUUGGCGGAGGCUUCACGCCCAUGUCUGCACCUGCCAUGGACGCACAGUCUGGCUACCGUGCCGUGCCACCCACCAGACGACGCGGCCGCAAGCCCCGGCCAACGUGUCCAAUCUGCCAAGGCCCAGGCAGGCACACCUCAUCAAAGCUCUGUUCCACAUGCUACGGCGGCGUGUACAACGACAUUGCAAAGGUGUAUCGCACUCUCGGCAAGCACACCAUGACCCCCAAGGAGUUCAAACAAAAGUUGCUAAAGCUCGCGCGCGGCUGUCCACGAAACCACGCAUGCACUCGUGAACACUUCCACCACAUGGUGCCAUCAUACGUCAAGUGCACGCAGUGUCGAACACUUGCUGUCAUGGAUUAUGACGUGUCCGUCGUUGAAAGCCUGCUUGAGAAGCGACGCGUUCGUCUACAGGAGCUCGCUGCGAAGAAUGCCAGGACGGCUUCAAGUGCAAAGCGCGGCGCGACGGCAAACCAGAGCGGCGGCGGCGACAGCAGCCAUGACGGUGAUGACGACGAUGAUGGUGGCAACAUCAGCACGGACAAUGAGCAUGACGACGAGGAAGAAGACGGCGAGGAAGGCGACGAGUCGUUGGAUGCCGGUGCACUCGAGCAAAAGGCUGUGGGGGACGCGUACGGCGGUGCUGGCGUUGCUGCUGACAUGGCCAAGCGUGGUGCUAGCAGCGCCCAGCCUACCAAUGGCAAUGGCGCGGACGCGGAUGCGACGCGUGCACGUGCUUCUCAGCAACCAGCAAAGCCCUCAGCAGCAGCACGCCGCCCAACCCAAUCCAAGGACAGCACCAAAGACAGUACCAAGGACAGCACCAAGGACAGCGAGCGCGGUGCCAACCACGUUGGAGCGGCGGUCGUCGAUGGAGACGGCGCUGCCGAAGAACAGCAGAACUCAAAGCGCGCCAAGCUGAGCGCCACCGCAGAAGCGCAGUCGUGAGCGUGAGCAUUGCUCAGCAGCUGCACGGGCAUUGCCUGCAUUGCCUGCAUGCAAGCAAGCAACCACAGGUGGUUUAUUAUCUGCUCCUGAUAAGUCCUUGCUGUUGUCACGUCACCUCACACCACAGCACUUUGCCUUUGGCUAGUGGCACUGCAUUCGUACGCACACGUGUGCGGUGUGCCGUUGUCAUGUGUCACCGCUCCGUUACGCGAACUGUAUUUGUGAACUUGUUGCAGUAAUGUUGUGCUGGCUCAUAGAGCUGUGCCAUUGUGCAGUUAUGGAGUGCAUCUCGCUGAGGAGUUUGCCGUUUGUUUGUUGUGUGUUGUGACGCAGCCAAUCACAAACAUAGACCGGUCGUUUUCUCCCCACCGCUGGAUGUUGUGUUGCGUUGUGGUAGUGCUCUAGUGCUGUAGUGGGGGCGUGUGAUCUCUUACAUCACACCCUUGUUUGUUUGUUCGUGUUUUGACAUGACCCUUUUCUUUCUUCCUUCGCUCUCAGACGUGUUGGAGCCUGAUCUUCCUGCUACAGUUGCGUUUGCUUGCUUUUUUUUGUUUGCCCAGAGGGCCUCAAUUUCCACCACUUCCUCAACACACACACACACACACACACACACACACACACACGUGUAAUCUUCUUCAGUUCUUCAGGUUCUUCGUAUCUGAUCUCUUUUGUUCAUCGGUUGCGUUUGAGUGUCCGUGCUUCCUGCCUUGUUGCCUUGUUGCCUUGUUGCUGCUGCAGCGUGAGCGUCUGUGUAUAGCGAUAUGUUCGUCAGCCAUGUGUUGUUGUUGCAAAGGUACCUCGUGUUGUGCAUGCGCGUGCUGUCGUCUUGCUCGUGUGUUCUUCUUCUGAUCCUUGUUGCCCAUGCAAAUCAAGGGUCUUAAGCCACUGAGUUUUCUUUUCCCGUGCCAUUAUUUGCACCCUGGUCUCCUUUUCAGCCCUUCCUUUUUGUUGUUACAAUGGCGAACUGUCACACACCACUCCUGACCUGCUCGUGAAUGGCACUUGGCUGUCUGUCCUCUUUACGGUAACAGCCGCUCUCCCCAGCCCUCUUUCACUCUUCUUGCGUCUUGCUUCUUUACUUGCCGAUGUGACUGGUCCUUUUAAUCUUCUUUUCUCGCCUUUUUGCCCACCACCGUGUUUGGUGCUUGUGAUCUUGAGCCGAAGCAUGGGUGUGCCCCCGACUCACUGCACAUCAACAUGCAUGAAUAGACACUCUUUGAAC